UCCUUCCCGAGCUUCCACCUCUUCUUUCACUUCCAUCCCUCCUAUGAUGGAUCUGCACAUCCCCGCACACUCCCGCCACGUGGCCCAAGAGAAGCACCAGAUGCUAGACCUCAACCGCCGCCUGCAGAGCUACCUGGGCCGGGUCAAGCUCCUGGAGGAGGAGAACACGCUUUUGGCCCAAGAGAUCCAAACUCUGCGGUAUGGCCACCGCGGAGCCUCCGUGAGGGAGAAGAGCUUGAAGGAAGAUCUCCAUCGGGCCAGAGCGGAGCUGGACGAGGUCUGGAGGGAGCGGGUCUACGCCCAGAUGGAGGUCUGCAGGAUGAGCAACGAAAUGCGGAUGGUGGAGCGGACCUGGCAGAAGGAGGCUCAGGAGCAAGUGGAGGUCAGGGCGAAGAUAGAGGUGAGCAGGAAGGAGUUGGAGAAGGAGCACGGGGCUCAGAGGUGGCUCAGCGAGAGAAUCAGCCAGCUGGAGCAGGAAAUGGAGCACCUGGUUCGGAACCACGAGGAAGACGUGGCCCACUUGGAGGUUACGCUGAGCCAUUCGGCACCACCGUGUUUCACUCCGACACCGGACUUGUUUCAACUGGAGCAGGAGCUCUGCCAGCGGGCCUCCAGGGCAUGGCAGGAGACGGCGGAAGCCUACCAGGGACAGCUAGACCAAUUGGAGGAGAGCCUGAAGGAGACCGGAGCCCGUUUGUGUGAGACGGAGCGCCACAAGAAUAAGUACCAGGCCCAGCUAUGGGCCCUGGAGAGAGAGAGGAUCUCUGAAGGGGAUGUUAAGAAACAACUGAGGAAACAGGCGGUGCAGCAGAGGGAAGAACACAGACAGCAGAUAAACACACUUCAGGAGCACUGGGAGGGGCUAGAGAAGGAGAAGCAGCAACUGGGCCAGCAGUUUGACCUUCUGGUGAAGGAGAACCGAGGCCUGCUCCAGCAGAAGAUGUCUCUGGGCCUAGAGGUGGUCACCUACAGAGCUUUGCUGGAUGGCGAGAGCCUGCGACGGGACGAUCUCGCUCUACCGAAAGAGUCCAGAAACAUUUCACUUAAAGAUGCGCCUGUGAAGCCUUUACGAGCGAAUUACCAACUACCUGCUCACUCUAAGACCCUCACGUCAGUCUGGAGACCACCUAUAACUUCAACGACGCCCUUGAGGAGCAAGCCCAUAACUGUCAGCCAGGCUCAGAAGGAUGAACAUACAACAAUGCGAGUCGCCAAACAAGAAAGUCUGUAUCCCAAAAUACUGCAUAAUGGAGCCAUGGAAGAGUUCAGAGCGCAGGAGGUGGAUGAAAAAGUGAUUUACGCAGAGCCUCUAUCGUCUCCGGGUGAGGAGGAACGUGAGGAACGCCCUGCUGAAUGUACAGAUGGUGGUAAAGUGGAGGAACAUGGUAGGAGAAGUGAGGAAAAAGCAACUGCCAGCUUUCAACUCGAGUCGGCAGCUCCGCCACUCACUAAGGAUAUCACUCAUUACAAAUCAGGAACCCAGGAACGGAAAACCGAAAUUCUGGAAGUGACAGAAGAGACCUUCAGUUCCUUGACAAGUGUUCCAGUUGAGGCAUGGAUGGAGGAAAAUAUGCAAGAGGAAAAAGCAGCUGACGGUUUUCAGCUCCGGUCAGGAGCUUCACUACUCACUAAGGAAAUUAGCAACCACCAAUCAAACACUCAGGAACUGACACCGGACAUUCUGGGAAUGACAGAGAAGACCAUCAGUUCCUCGGUUGUUGACUGCUAUCAGGAGCAGUCAACAUGUCUUCCGGUAGAGGAUAAAGCAGCCGCCGGCUUUCAGCUACAGUUGGAAGCAAUGCCACUCACUGAGAUGAUCACGCAGCACCAAUCAAACAGUCAGGAACUGAAAUCAGAACUUCUGGGGAUGACAGAGGAUACCUUCAGUUCCUCGCCAAGUGUUCCGGUUGAGGUGCGUAUGGAGGAAGAUGAGCAGGAGGAAAAGUCAAGUUCUGGAACGGAAGCAUUACUGCAAGACACCCCGGAACCCAGCCGUCUGUUUUCCCAGUGUGAGUUCUACCCAGUGGACACUACUGAGAUCAGUCAGGAAAUAAUCUACUCCACCUUGGGAACGACUGUGAUGGAAGGAGUGGACGUGCUGUAUCCAGAUGGAGAAGAGAUGGACACCUGGGACAGUGUGAUUGAUAAGAAGGUCCAUGUUGAGUCAAGUGAACCCAAACAAGAAGCGAAAAGACAGUAUGCAGAACCAGAGGAGGACAUCUCAAUAAGAAGGUCUGAGCCAAGCCGAGAGGAAAUGAAGAAGCAAAAAGAUGAGAUUCAGCUUCAACGUGAAGAGCGUUUGCCACAUCCUGAUGACAACGAUGAGGAUGAGGACUCCCAAAACGUCUCUGUGUCGUGGAGGACCGAGCUGGAGAGCGACAGCUACGCUCAGGAGAACACGCUGGCUGACACACGUCCGCUCAUCAGGUACACCAGCGACGAGAUGGACGCCAGCACACAAGCGUCCCAUGUGGAUGAGAGCGAGUCCAGUGAUGGUGAGCAAGACGGGAAGAUUAGAGAGUUGGGUGGAACUGCCUGGAGUGAGAGCACAAACAAAAACUUUGGAACCAUGGAGGAUCUUUGUGAGGAUGUUGAAGAAGAGGUGGUAGAAUAUGAUCUGGAAUAUUCUCACACCGACCUGGAAGCUUCUGGACUGGAAAAAGAAACCUCGAAAGUCAGUGAGGACAAUUUGAAUAAAGAAGUUGCUGCAGAUGUGGAUAAUGUGGAGCUUGAGACUGACCGACUUGUGGAGCAGGAAUUGGAGAACCUAUCCACCGACAGAUACGCUUUCCACUUUGCUCAAGCGCUGGCCGAUGAGAGCCAUGUGGUGCUUCCUGAGGAUGAGGAUCAUGGAAUGAUGACCAUGGAACAAGAAAUCGUCAUGGAAUCCGACGUACAAGUCACACGCAAACUGGAGCUUAGGGACACCAGGCAGCUUCAGAGGUGGCAGGAGUUGCAGGAGGAGAUGAAGAUUAAAGAAGAAGCCCUCACGGAAUAUAAUGUCCAAGUGGAACGUGAACAGAACCGAAGGAGUUCCGCACAGCCUCAGUGGGACUCUUUGGAUAAUGAUGCCAAGGAAAAGGUGGAAGAGAAGGAGGUCCAAGAUGGAAUAAUGAUGAGGGAACAAGAAGUAAUCACAGAAUCUGAUGUCCAAGUGGAAUGCAAGUUGGACUUAAUGGAUUCUGUGCAGCCUCAGAGGUGGCAGGAGGUGGAAGAGGAGGAGGUGGUCCUGGAUGGAAUGAUGAAGAUGGAAGAAGUCAUCACAGAAUCUGAUGUCCAAGUGGAAUGUGACCAGAACAUUAGAGAUUCCAUGCAGCCUCAGUUCUACUCUCAGGCUCAUGACGCCAAAGAAAAGGUGGAAGAGGAGGAGGUCCAAGAUAGAAUAAUUAAUAUGGAAGAAGAAGUCCUCACAGAAUCUCAUGUCCAAGUGGAACGUGAUCUUGAUUUUAAAGAUUCCAUGCAGCUUCAGUUGGACUAUCAGGCUCGUUAUACCAAAGAAAAUGCAGAAGAAAAGGAGAUCCAAGAUGCAAUCAUUACCAUGGAUCAAGAAAUCAUCACAGAAUCGGGCAUCCAAGUGGAACGUGAGCUGUACCGCAGGGAUUUGGCUACGCCUCAGUUAGACACUGUGGACGAUGAGGAGAAGGUCCUGGAUGAAAUAAUAACUAUGGAACAAGAAGAGGGCGACAAGGGGAAAUUGCCAUCCGGCAGGGAUACUUAUCUACAUGGAGAAGACAAUAUGGACCUUGGCGAUUCCAUCGUGUCUCAAUUGGACAUUACGGAUGAUGAGGAGUUGGAAAAGAUGGAAGAGAAGGAGGCCCAGGAUAGAGUGAUGAAAAUUGAAGAAAUCAUCACAAAAUCUGAUGUCCAAGUGGAACGUGAACAGGACCUUAUGGAUUCCAUGCAGCCUCAGUUGGACACCCAGGCUCGUGAUGCCAAAGAAAAGGUGGAAGAGGAGGAGCUCCAAAAUGCAAUAAUGACCAUGAAACAAGAAGUCAUCACAGAAUCGGGCAUCCAAGUGGAACGUGACCGGGACCAGAGGGAUUUGGCUCCGCCUCAAUUAGACACUGUGGAUGAUGAGGAGAAGGUCCUGGAUGAAAUAAUGACCAUGGAACAAGAAGAGGCUGACCAGGGGAAAUUGCCAUCAUGCGUGGAUCCUGAUCUCCACAGAGAAGACAAUCUGGACCUCGGGGAUACAAUCGUGCCUCAGUUGGACACACUGGCUGAUGAGGAUAUGGAAGAGCAGGAGGUCCAUGAUGGAAUGAUAAUGACAAAAAAAGAAGAGGCCAGUAGAGUGAUUUUUCCAUCACACAUGGAUCCUGAUUUCCAAGUAGAAGAAAACCUGGACCUUGGGGAUUUUGUGCAGCCUCAGUUGGACACACCAGAUGAAGAUUUGGAAGAGGUCCAGAAUGGAAUAAAACAAAAAGAGGAACAGAAAGUGUACAUGCUGUCCUGCAGAGAAUCUGAUGUCCAAGUGGAAAGCAAUCUGGACUUGGUGCAGCCUCAAGUGGACUCUCCAGAUGAUGACUCAGAAGAGAUGGAAGAAAAAGAGGUUCAAGAUGGAAUGUUGACCAUGGAGCAAGAAGAGGCUAACAAAGUGAACCUGCCAUACAUGGAUCCUGAUGUCCAAGUAGAAGACAAUCUCAACCUCGGGGAUUGCAUCCCGCCUCAAUUGGACUCUCCGGAUGACUUUGUGGAAGAAGUCAAGGAUGAAGUGUUGAAACAAGAAGAAGCAGAGAAACUUUACCUGCUGUCCUGCAUGGAAUCUGUUGUUCAAGUGGAACGCAAUCUGGACUUGGUGCAGCCUCAACUGGACUCUCCAGAUGAUGACUCAGUGGAAGAGAUGGAAGAAAAAGAGGUUGAAGAUGGAGUGUUGACCAUGGAGCAAGAAGAGGCUGACAAAGUGAACCUGCCAUACAUGGAUCCUGAUGUCCAAGUAGAAGACAAUCUCAACCUCAGGGAUUGCAUCCCGCCUCAAUUGGACUAUCUGGAUGACUUUGUGGAGGAGGUCAAGGAUGAAAUGUCGAAACAAGAAGAAGCAGGGAAACUUUACCUGAUGUCCUGCACAGAAUCUGUUGUUCAAGUGGAACGCAAUCUGGACUUGGUGCAGCCUCAACUGGACUCUCCAGAUGAUGACUCAGUGGAAGAGAUGGAAGAAAAAGAGGUUGAAGAUGGAAUGUUGACCAUGGAGCAAGAAAAGGCUGACAAAGUGAACCUGCCAUACAUGGAUCCUGAUGUCCAAGUAGAAGACAAUCUCAACCUCAGGGAUUGCAUCCCGCCUCAAUUGGACUCUCCGGAUGAUUUUAUGGAGGAGGUCAAGGAUGAAAUGUUGAAACAAGAAGAAGCAGAGAAACUUUACCUGCUGUCCUGUAUGGAAUCUGUUGUUCAAGUGGAAUGCAAUCUGGACUUGGUGCAGCCUCAACUGGACUCUCCAGAUCAUGGCUCAGUGGAAGAGAUGGAAGAAAGAGAGGUUGAAGAUGGAAUGUUGACCAUGGAGCAAGAAGAGGCUGACAAAGUGAACCUGCCAUACAUGGAUCCUGAUGUCCAAGUAGAAGACAAUCUCAACUUCAGGGAUUUCAUCCCGCCUCAAUUGGACUGUCCGGAUGACUUUGCAGAGGAGGUCAAGGAUGAAAUGUUGAAAAAAGAAGAAGCAGAGAAACUUUACCUGCUCUCCUGCAUGGAAUCUGUUGUUCAAGUGGAACGCAAUCUGAACUUGCUGCAGCCUCAGCUGGACUCUCCAGAUGACGAGGAGAAAGUCCAAGAUAAAAUAAUGACCAAGGAAGAGGAAGUGGCCAACAAUGUGAACUUUCCAUUCUGUAUGGAUCCUAAUGUCCAAGUGGAAGACAAUCUGGACCUCAGGGAUUUCGUCCAGCCUAAACUGGACUCUCCAGAUGACUAUGUGAAGGAUUUCCAGUAUGUAACGAUAAACCAAGAAGAUGCCAUCAAGAUGAAUUUACCAGUCUGCAUAGAUACUGAUCUCCAGAUUGAAGACAAUCUAGGCCUCAGGGAUAUCGUCCAGCCUCAGUUGGGCUCUCCAGACAAGAAAGAUACAGAUGAUGAGGUGGUUCAGGAGGUCUCAGAAGCUCCAGAGAAAAGGGAGGACUGAGUUUGAGCUCAACGUUUCAAUGGUGACGCAUUCUGAUGAAACCUUUAGUGAGUUUCUCUGUGGGCCCGACGUGCAAGAAGAAGACAAAGAAGAAGAGUGUCUAGAGAAGCCACAGUCUGAAUAUCAAAACCAAGAAAGUCUCCUCCAACAAUAUACUUUUUCCGUGACUAGAAGAUGUUGCUGGCCAUCUGGCAGAUGAAUGGAAUGUCCUGGGGAAGACCAGUGAGGACAUUGACAUCAGGCAUCCAAAAGAUCAAAGAGACUCUGUUGUGAGUCAUUUUCGUGAGGAAGGAGGCGAUGGCGAGAGUUCCUCCACAUUUGACGAGGACCCCGUUGAAAUCUCCACGGAGAAGUUGCCCGAGGAAACCGUCAUCAUUGCUAUGAAGCACUCAUCGUCGGAAUUCCACAAAACCAAUGGCAAAGACAAGCGGGACUUUUGGGCCUCGUCCUUGGAAGUGGACACUGCUUAUAGAUCAGACAUCCCCACGGUAACGUCCGCGAUUCACGACGUGGAGUUCGGCAGCGACCUGGACUGGGGGAAGGCGGUCAACGGGAGUUCUGCACACGAAUGCGCCGCUAAGAAGGAGGAGCACGUGACAGGGGUGUCCGUGCAUUCCGAUGAGUCGGAAGUUGAAGGAGGAGCCUGGUCUUCCGGGGACGAAUAGUCCAGUCUACAAGAACGCGGGUGUUUUUGUAAAUUGUAGGAAUUUAGUCUUUGAAAACAUUAUCACAGUUGUCUGUCUGGAGUGUCUGCCCAUCCAUCAAGUUUCAAAUCCAACAAAAUCAAUCUUAUAUUAUCUUAACAUUGCUGAAAAUAGGUCUGUGAGUGAGACAUUCUGAAUUUAGCUGUAUUGUGAAGCCCCAACUAGGGCUCAUUUCCAUCAUACCACCCCAAACCAAGUUUCUCUGGGGCAGGGCGAGCAGUGGCUCACUUGCAUGACACAGGGCCGCCCCCACAAAACAGGCUAAUUUCAGCUAGCUGGGGGAAAAAAAGGGGUUGUGUAUGUAAUUGUUAGUCAUUUCGAGGAAAACAUGUCACAAACCACCAUGUUAUUAUGACACCUGGAAAUUCUUUCAAAUUGUGAAAAAGCCCAUAAUAUAUCUCCUUUUGUACCCAUACUCCAGUACAAUACAGUGAACCUCCGCUAUAAUGUGGUUCAUUGAUAGUUUUUUAUGGGUUUUUACAGUAUGCAACAAAUUUAAAUUGAGAGUUUUGCACCUUCAGUGUAGUACCAGGUUGCGCCACAACAUGCUGAGCAUCACUGAGCUCUACUGGAAGACACGCAAGCACACUUUGCCUCUUAAUUGGAGACCCCCGCCCCCCCCCCCCCCCCCCAUUUCUUGACAGCGAGGGGAAUAAGUGUAAUUUAAUAAGUUUUAACACAUUUACAUCUGUUAAAAGUAUGUGGGAGGAGUAAAACUCUACAAACGGGGGUUCACUGCAUUAAGGAUCAAAGAAGUAAGAACAUGCAAUGUACGGGGGAUAGAUGAUUAAAAUGUAUUAUUAUAUAUUAUGUACCGCUAUACAAAUUUUAAUCACUCGAGGGAAUUUGAUUUAAUAAUUUGAAUUGACCAAAACGUCUCGAAUUUGCAAUUUUAUGACUAUAUUAAUAAAAUUAAGCACGUGGUUAUGCUAAAAGUGAUGCUACAUGCUAAAAAAAAGGCUGCCAUGCUAAUGAUCCACGUUUGUUAAAGGUUUACAAUUGUGUCUCUUUCACAAGCAAAAAGCACACUUUUGUAUCAUAGCAUUAGCAUAUCGUUAGCAUCACAUGUUACCAGUCUUUAUAUAUAUGAUCCACUUAGUUGUUACAGCGCCACCUGUUGAACCAUUGUUUUAAACCAUCCGCACCCUCGUCUUGCCUCGCCACCACCACCACCAACGUGGCAAUUUUAUGCGUCCAAGUUGUUUGCUGGAUGUUUGCCGCGUCUCCUGUUAGCUUCCGCGCUAAUCUUAGUCCUUCAAGUGAACCGUUGAUCAGCUCUUAUUGAUCCAAUUGAAAUGGUCACAUUUCACUUCCUGGAAGAGAUCAAUAUGAACGGAUCAUGCUCAUGACUGAUUGAUUGUCAUGUAACCAAAAACUCAUGCAGACGGGAAAUAUUUGUUUUUUGACCAAUAAACGUUUUUUUUUU